AUGAAUGAAGACAUGGCCUUACGGAGGGAUAUUAAUAUUGUUAAUACAGACUAUUCUAGAUAUGGGACUUCAAUCUUUGAAACAUUAUAUUCGGAUGAUAAGAAGCUGAAAGGUGCUAUACCGUCCUUUUCUAAGCAUAACACUAGUACUACUGUGUUAUCCAACGGCUACUUCAACGGUAAAGAUACUAGGAAUCGUGUCCUGAGGAGUUAUCGUUCACUGCUUGAUAACUGCAGUUCGCCCUCUAAAGCAAAGAGGGUCAUUAACAAGAUUCAUGAUCAUGCUUCUUGUGAAUCACUGUCUCUUUUUUAUUCCAAAAGUAUACAUUCUUUCCUUUCAAGGGAACUUGUAAUUCAUGGUGCCAAGGAUGGUACAAUUUCAAAAGAACUUAGGCCUUAUCUGGAUAUAAAUGCAUUGCCUAUUGAGAUCUUAACUAUAAUACUUCGAAACUUGCAGCAUUCUGAUAAUCCUAAUGAUUACAAGAGUUUGAUAAAAUUGUUGUAUGUUUCCAAGAAGUUUUAUCUGGCGGCUAAGGUUUUAGUUUAUGAAAGCCCUCAGUUUACUUCUUCAUAUAGGGUUGGUCAAUUUGUGACAUCGAUUAGAUUAAAUCCCGAAAGUGCUAAGUUAGUUAAGCAAUUGGAUCUUAGUCAACUUCGUAAUGGAUUAAUUGAAGAUGAUUGCCAAAAAACCGAAAUCAUUACGCAGCCAAGCAAUAGGCUUGCCGAACGUCGGACUUCUAAUGUCGAUUUACGUGAGGUAGUUGAAAGCGAUGCACCACUUCCAGAUGUGGCGCUUGCAACAUGGAGGGAUUGGCGGCUUCGUUUUGAUCCUUUGUACAGCUCACCGAUUUUGAAUAGUUACAAUUUGAAAAGGAUUCGGUAUUCAAACACUGGUAUUGGACCCACAACUUCUAUUGGAACAAGUGGCCAGAGAAAAACAAGGCGUUCAUAUUAUUCAAUCUCUUCAACUAUCAGCUCAUCGUUGCAUCCAAGGUCCCAUUCUCUUACAUCUUUUAAUGAUAAAUCAACAACUAUACGUAAGAGGGUUAAAGACAUUCGCUGGAUAACAUCACUUUUUGGUUUACCCAAAACGAAAAAGCACUUGGGAUCUCGUCAUAAAACCAUUAAGAGAUGUAGAGAGCAAAAUGAUGGUAAUUUAACAGUUAAGGCUAUCAGAGCUGCUUCGCAGCAUGUCCAUCAAUCAGAAACGCAAAAGUCCGAUACUCAGCGACACCCUCAUGCUAAUAAAUUCCUCUUAAAAUACACGGUAUACAAAGACAUCCCUAUUGGUUACCUUUUACAUAUUAUUGAUCAUUGUUCAAGUCUACACACCUUAAAUAUUUCGAAUUUAAGCAUUUCAACUGACUUUGAGAUAGAAACCAAGGAGAAAAGCAAUCCUAUCAAUUCAUUGAUACUUGAAGAUAAUCACCAGGAGGGAAGUAAAGAACUUUCUGAAGGAAAAGUGGGUCGCAAACUUCAAGUAGUUUAUCUUUCUGAUUCUGAUAAGUCGUAUGAAUUUUACAUUGCCCAGUCAAACUCGGAAAAAUUACAUGUACCAAGCACGUUCUCUCACCAGAACUCUCACCGUAUACUAUAUCCCAACUUCCCAAGACCAAUAGAUGCUAGCACCAAAUUUCGCACAGAAACAAACAGAAGUCAAAAUAGAUGCAUAUCUUACAGCUUGAGGCGCCUUUCAGAACAUGAUAUAUUUAACAGACUCUGCAAAUUACGGUCCCUCCGUCAUUUAGAAGUCAAUGGCGUGAGUUGGUGUUCUUCGGAACAUAUAAAGCAGGUACUGAUUCACAAUUAUUUAUCGGAGAAUUACCUCCUUCACGCAAGUUUUAAGGGUACUGGACUAGUACGCGAUGCUCCAUGGUCCUCUGCCGGCUCAAUUCGUAGCCUUGUGGCUCUUCUAGUUCUCUCUGAUCUUGCGAAGAGGGACGAUUUCGAGAUAGAGAAUCUAUUUAACGUUCGCACUAAUUUCUUAAAUUAUGGUGGUCCAUUAGCACACCCUGAUAUGCUAGAAGCUAGUAAUUCCUUCUAUCUUUCUUCUGCAAUAACAACUCUUACGUCGAAUGGCUAUCCUGCUUUCAAAUUAUGCAUAAUGAAAUCUGCGCAUUUUUCUGUGGAAAUAGGCCGUUGCAACGACGCCGUGCCUAUGUCUGCAUCAGAUUCAAAAGGGUUUGCCCUUGGCAUAAAGAUCUACCUUGGUACGUUACAAAAUGAUCAUCAGCAUUUCGAAUCCCUUUCUAAACUUCAUACUUUAUGUUCUCAGCUGCUCGAGCGUGUCAAUAGACUUCAUGAAGGGCACAGACGUCGCCACAUUGGAGAACAUUAUCAGAUAUCUUUCUUACCACUGUGA